GAAAAGAUGCUGGAGGAAUGCUUGAUGUCAUCUGUCAAGGAAGAUGUUGCGGUGCAGUUGUAUACUUCUCACCUGUCUCCUGACUGUGACUCUGUUCCACUGUAAUGUUAACAGCCUUCGCCUUACCCAGGAGAACCUAGAGUACCUGAAACCAGUGGUUCUGGAAGAAUCAGCCCUGCAUGCCCGGUCCACUGAGCAGAAGGCAGCAGGGGACUUGACAGCCAAGUUGCUGUUCCUUGACCACCUAGUACGUCUAGAGAACAACUUAAUUGAGACCAAGAGGAAAAGAAGCUUUCCAGGGUCCAACAUUCCACUGGAUCGCCUCUCCAUCAGCACCAUGGAUCCUAAGGGCUCCAAGCAGAAGAAGGUUGUUGAACUGCCAAGAAGGCGAGGAAGUGCUCCUAUUGAUAGGAUCGGAGCAGGUCGUCUACCCAGCAGUCAAGGGUAG